UUGCUGAGUUUCUUUUAGGUUUGGUUGGCAGCUGGAAUUGCACCCCCCCAAACUGAUAACUUUUAUGGCACCUCUCCAGAACCCACCCAAGACAACUCACAGAUAAAACAAUUUUAAAAGCUCUAGAAGUUUAUUAGAAUGGUCUCCUGCCGUGCCUCUAGGAAAUGGAUUGACCUUUCCUGUGGGUUGCCAGAUCGUUCCAUCUGAUUGGAGGUAAAAGAAUGGCUACCGCAGAGCAAUCUCAGGGGCUGGUGACCUUCGAGGAUGUGGCCGUGUACUUCACAGAGGGACAGUGGGCCAUGCUGGAUCCUGCACAGCAAGCCCUGUACGUGGAUGUGAUGCGGGAGAACUAUGGGAACGUGGUUGCUGUGGUGGGAUUGUCGCUUUCAAAGCCAGACUUGAUCUGCUUCCUCGACCAAGGGGAAGUGCUGUGGGAACCCGAUCAGCAAGAAUUCAAAGUCAGGGAGAUCCCGUCAAGCAUCAGCUCAGGAGACCAGAAUGUGAGUGAGGAGGAGGAGAAACCUCUUCGGCUAAUACGUUUUGCACCGGAGGAUGAAAGCAAAACAUUGUUGCCAAGACUGCUAGUGGAUGUUUCCCGUUCUCAGGAAAACGGAGACAGCUCUAGUACCUGGCUUGGACCAGACAGGCAGAAGAGAAAGCGAGAGAUUAGAGCCAUUCCUAAUGGGAAAAGCAACACAGGUCUUAGUGAAAACACAGCCCAAAAGCCAAGCUGCAAGAAUAGAAGACGGAAGACACGCACAGAGUCAGGGAGAAAUUCUGCUCAAAAAACCUCUGAUAGAACCCGAACCGUAGCAAAAUCAGAAAAGUGUUCAGUCUGUGGAAAGAGCUUUUGUAAUAACACUUACCUUGUUAUCCAUGAGCGAUCUCAUACGGGAGAGAAGCCAUAUGCGUGCUCAGACUGUGGGCGAAGCUUCAGUUCCUCCUCCAACCUUCUUUCGCAUGAGAGAAUCCACACAGGAGAGAAACCCUACGAAUGUUUUGAUUGUGGGAGAAGUUUUGUGCGGAAUCGAGACCUUCAAGCACACAGAAGGAUCCACACUGGUGAGAAACCGCAUGCCUGUUCCUAUUGUGGGAAGAAGUUCAGGAGCAAGACGCAUGUUGUCAGACAUGAAAAAAUUCACAUGGAAGAUAGGCCGUUUAAAUGCUCGGUGUGUGGGAAGGGAUUCCGACUAAAAGAGCAUCUUGCUGUUCAUGAGAGAACUCAUACAGGAGAAAAACCCUAUGAGUGCCUGGUCUGCGGGAGGAGUUUCAAUUGUGCAGCAAACUUUCACAGGCAUAAAAAAACUCAUGGAGGUGAGAAGCCACAUAAGUGUUCAGAGUGUGGGAAAAGCUUUAGGAAUAGCUCAGACCUGAAAUCUCAUAGAAGAAUCCACACUGGUGAAAAACCUUAUCACUGCUCAGAUUGCGGGAAAAACUUCCGUUGCAGUUCAAGCCUUAUAACGCACAAGAGAACCCACAAAGGUGAAAAACCAUACAAAUGCCCCGAGUGUGGCAAAUGCUUAAGUCAGAAAUGGUGCCUUAUUAAUCACCAGAGAACCCACAAGUAUAAAUGCUCAGACUGUGAGAAAAGCUUCAGCCAAAGCUCAGCCCUUCAGUUGCAUAGAAGAAAACACACUGGUGAGAAACCAUUCAGAUGCCUGCGCUGUGGUAAGUGCUUUGAUCGGAGAUCACUGCUGAUCAUUCAUGAAAGGAUUCACACGGGCGAGAGACCAUAUGUUUGCUCAGAGUGCGGGAAAAGCUUUAUACAGAAAUCCAAGCUUAUUCGACAUGAGAAAAUUCACACAGGAGAGAAACCAUACAGAUGCCCGCAUUGUGAGAAGAAUUUCAGUGAAAGAGCAAACCUCGUUCAACACAUGAGAAUACACACAGGAGAGAAACCGUACAAAUGUUUGCAUUGUGGGAAAUGUUUCAGCCAAAGGUCACACUUCAUUGAACAUGAGAGAUCCCAUCCAGGAGAGAAAUCUUAUGACUGUUCAGAAUGUGGGAAAAGCUUCAGCCAUAUUUCACGCCUUCUUAAGCAUCAGAAGAUUCACACCGGGGAAAGCCCGUACAAAUGUUUGGACUGUGGGAAAUGCUUUGCUGGAAACUCUCAUCUAAAAUCACAUAAAAGAAUCCAUUCUGCAGAGAAACCAUACCAGUGUUCAGAUUGUGGGAAAAGCUUCAGAUGGCGUACAAAUCUUACAUCUCACCAAAGGAGUCACACAGGGGACAAACCGUAUAAGUGCUUGCAGUGUGGAAAGAGCUUCAGUAGGAGCACAUAUCUUACUAUUCACCACAGGAUUCACACAGGGGAGAAACCAUAUAAAUGUUUGGAGUGUGGAAAGAGUUUCAAUUCCAAGAGAAAUCUUGCUUCUCAUCACAGGAUUCACACAGGAGAGAAACCACAUAAAUGCUUGCAGUGUGGAAAAUGUUUCAGUCACAGCACACAACUAACUGUUCACCACCGGAGUCACACAGGAGAGAAACCAUAUAAAUGUUUCCAGUGUGGAAAGAGCUUUAGUUGUAGCACACGCCUUACCAUUCACCACAGGAUUCACACAGGAGAAAAACCACAUAAAUGUUUCCUAUGUGGCAAGAGCUUUAGUUGCCCCAAAGGCCUUACUGUUCACCAAAGGAUUCACACAGGUGAGAAACCAUAUAAAUGCUCAGAGUGUGGGAAGAGCUUCAGUCAGAGCGCAAGCCUAAAUUCUCACCAAAGAAUUCACACAGGGGAGAAACCAUAUACAUGUUUGCAGUGUGGCAGAAACUUUGGUCACAGCAAAAGCCUUGCUUCUCAUCAAAGGAGUCACACUGGGGAGAAACCAUAUCAGUGCUUGGAGUGUGGGAAGAGCUUCAGUCGGAACAGAAAUCUUACUGUUCACCACAGGAUUCAUACAGGAGAGAAACCAUAUAAAUGCUCGACAUGUGGGAAGAGCUUCAAUCAGAGAACAAUCCUUCGAAUUCAUGAAAGGAUUCACACAGGAGAGAAACCAUAUAAAUGUAUGGAGUGUGGAAAGAGUUUUUGUCAGAGCGGAAGCCUUACUUCUCAUCAAAGGAUUCACACUGGGGAGAAACCAUAUAAAUGCUUAGAGUGCGGAAAGAGCUUCAGACAGAAAAAAAUCCUUAGUGUUCACCAAAGGAUUCACACUGGGGAGAAACCAUUUCAGUGCUUGGAGUGUGGGAAGAAUUUCCGUCAUAGUGAAAGCCUUACUUCCCACCAGAGGAUUCACACAGGGAUACACACUGGAGAAAAACCAUAUAAAUGUUUGGAGUGUGAAAAGAGCUUCAGGUGGAGUGCACAGCUUACUUCACAUCAAUGGAUUCAUAGUGGGGAGAAACCGUAUAAAUGUUUGGAGUGUGGAAAGAAUUUCAGUCAGAGCACAAGUCUUAUUUGUCACCGAAGAAUUCACACUGGGGAGAAGCCAUAUAAAUGCUUGGAAUGUGGAAAGAAUUUCAGUCAGAGCACAAGUCUUAUUUGUCAUCGAAGAAUUCACACUGGAGAGAAACCAUAUAAAUGUUUGGACUGUGGAAAAAGUUUCAGUCAGAGCGCGCAGCUUAUUCCUCAUCAAAGGUCUCACACAGGAGAGAAACCAUAUAAAUGCUUGGAGUGUGGAAAAAGUUUUAGUCAGAGUGCAAGCCUUACUUCACAUCAAUGGAUUCACACUGGGGAGAAACCAUAUAAAUGCUUGCAGUGUGGAAAGACCUUCAGUCAGAACACACAACUUACUUCACACCAAAGGAUUCACACUGGGGAGAAACCGUAUAUGUGCUUGGAGUGUGGAAAGAGCUUCAGUCAGAGCAUGCAACUUACUUCCCAUCAAUGGAUUCACAUGGGGGAGAAACCAUAUAAAUGCUUGGAGUGUGGAAAGAGCUUCAGUCACAGCACAAGCUUGAUUUGUCACCAAAGAAUUCACACUGGAGAGAAACCAUAUAAAUGCCUGGAAUGUGGAAAGAGCUUCAGUCAGAGCACACAGCUUAUUUCACACCAAAGGAUUCACACUGGGGAGAAACCAUAUAAAUGCUUACAAUGCAGAAAGAGUUUCAGUCGUAGUGAUAAUCUAACUAUACAUCAAAGGAUUCACACUGGGGAGAAACCAUUUAAAUGCUUGAAGUGUGGAAAGAGCUUCAGUCACAAUACACACCUUACUUCCCAUGAAAGGACUCACACAGGAGAGAAACCAUGUAAAUGUUUGGUAUGUGGAAAGAGCUUCAGUCGUCGUGACAAUCUAGCUGUACAUCAAAGGAUUCACACAGGAGAGAAACCAUAUAAAUGCUUGGUGUGUGGAAAGACCUUCAGUCAGAGCACAAGCCUUACUGUACAUCAAAGGAUUCACACAGGGGAGAAACCAUGUAAAUGCUUGGUAUGUGGAAAAAGUUUUAGUCGUAGUGACAAACUAACUGUACAUCAGAGGAUUCACACUGGGGAGAAACCAUAUAAAUGUUUGGAGUGUGGAAAGAGUUUCAGUGAGAGUACACAGCUUACUUCCCACCAAAGGAUUCACACUGGGGAGAAACCAUAUGAGUGCUUGGAGUGUGGAAAGAGUUUCAGCCACAGUAGAAGCCUUACUGCUCACCAGAGGAUUCACACUGAAGAGAAACCACAUAAAUGCUUGGAGUGUGAAAAAAGUUUUAGUUGCAGUAAAAGCCUUACUUCACACCAAAGGAUUCAUACAGGCAAGAAACCUUUUAAAUGUUCAGAAUGUGGAAUGGACUUUAAUUAUAGAACAAAUCUUGCCUCCCAUCAAAGAAUCCACACAGGAGAGAAACCAUAUAGUUGUUUAGAGUGUGGAAAGAGAUUCAGUCAAAGCUCAAACCUUGCUUCCCAUCAAAGAAUCCACACAGGGGAGAAGCCAUAUAAAUGCUCAGAGUGUGGAAUGAGCUUCAGCCAGAGCUCCAACCUUGCUUCCCAUCAAAGUAUCCAUACAGAAGAAAAACUACAUAAAUGCUCAGAAUGUGGAAAGAGCUUUAGUAAGCAUGGAAGCCUUAUUUCUCAUCAGAGACUUCAUACAGGAGAGAAACCAUAUAAAUGCUUGGAAUGUGGUAUGCGCUUCAGUCAGGGCUCAAGCCUUGCUUCCCAUCAAAGAAUCCACACAGGGGAGAAGCCAUAUAAAUGUCCUGAGUGUGGAAAGAGCUUCAGUCAGAGCUCGAAUCUUGCUUCACAUCAAAGUAUCCACACAGGAGAGAAACCAUAUAAAUGCUCAGAAUGUGGAAAGAGGUUCAAUAAGAAUGGAAGUCUUACUUCCCAUCAAAGAAUCCACACAGGAGAGAAACCAUAUAAGUGUUCAGAAUGUGGAAUGUGCUUUAGUCAGAGCUCAACCCUUGCUUCUCAUCAAAGAAUCCACACAGGGGAGAAACCAUAUAAAUGCUCUGUGUGUGAAAAGAGUUUUAGAAUGAGUGGUAGCCUUAUUUCCCAUCAAAGAAUCCACACAGGGGAGAAACCUUAUAAAUGCUCAGAAUGUGGGAAGAGCUUCAAACUCGGGUCAAUUUUGGCUUCCCAUCAAAGAAUCCACACAGGUGAGAAACCAUAUAAAUGCUCUGAGUGUGGGAAGAGCUUCAAUCAGAGCUCAAACCUUGAUUCCCAUCGAAGAAUCCACACAGGAGAGAAACCAUAUAAAUGCUCUAGUUGUGGAAAGAGCUUUGGUCGGAAAGAGUACCUUACUUUUCAUCAAAGAAUUCACACUGGGGAGAAGCCAUAUAAAUGUUCAGAAUGUGGAAAGAGCUUCAGUCAGAGCUCAAGUCUUGUUUCUCAUCAAAGAAUCCACACGGGGGAGAAGCCGUAUAAAUGCUCCAGUUGUGGAAAGGACUUCAGUCGGAAAACAAACCUUACUUUUCACCAAAGAAUUCACACUGGGGAGAAACCCUUUGGCUGCUUAAUCUGUGGGAAAAGGUUCAGCCAGAGUUCCAGUCUUAUCAGGCAUGAAAGGAAUCACACCGGAUUGAAACCCUACAAAUGCUCAGACUGUGGUAAAAGCUUCAAGCAGAGCUCCAGCCUCCUUGUCCAUGGGAGAACCCACACGGGAGAGACGCCCUAUAGCUGCUCCAUCUGUGGGAAAAGCUUUUCCCAGAGUUCCAACCUGGUGAAGCAUGAGAGGAUCCAUACCGGUGAAAAGCCCUACAGGUGUUCAGACUGUGGUAACACCUUCAGUAACAAAUCUAGCCUUACGAGGCACAAGAGAAACCAUACAGGACAGAAACCGUAUAAAUGCAUGUACUGUGGGAAAAGGUUCAAGCAGAGUUCAGGCCUUCUUAAACAUGAGAGGAUUCACGCACGACAGAACCUACCGAAGCAUUCUGAGCCUGGCAGGAGAUUCAGUCAGAAUUCUAGCCUGGUUCCCACGCAUGCAGGAGAUGGUGCGGAAAUACUGACUCCAUGAGAAAAGCUUUACUUGGGAACCAAACUCCGCCCCGCCCCAAGAUAAGAUCAGGCUUACAAGAGUGAAACCAUAUAAAUGCUCAGAAUGUGUGAUAAAUUGGGGCUACAGAUACAGUAGAAUGGGGUGGGACAUAAAAAUAUCACAAGAGCCUUGUUUGAUCAGGCCAGGGGUCCGUCUCGUCUAGCAUCCUGUUUCCACAAUGACCAACAAGUCCCAGAAAAGCCUACAAGCAGAGGCACAGAAGCCAAAGCCUUACCCUGUUGUUAUUCCCUUAGCACCUGGUAUUCAGAGGUACAGUACCUCUGAACAUGGAGGUACUAUUUUGCCUUUAACGGAUUUGUCCUCCAUUAAUAUACCUAAUCCCCAUUUAAAGUCAUUUAAACUAGAGACCACCAUUACAUCUUUUGGCAGUGAGUUCUACAAAUUAUUGAUGUGAACAAACAUUUUUUCCCCUAAAUACACUGGAUAAUCCAAAUUCUAGUAUUAUGAGAGGAGGGGGAAUCUUUUUCUACUUCUAUGCCAUCCUUAUUUUAUUCCUCGCUUGUUCCCAAUUUAGUUGUCUUUUGUUCCUCUAAAGGUAAAUGCUUAAGAUUAGCUUGAGUUCCUAUUGCAAGCGGAGUAUCUUGUUUUUGAAAAUUCCCUUAUUUUGGCACCUCCCUGAAAACAGCAAAAACAGCCCAGCAGGCAAAGGGUGAUGCAAAAAAGUUGGUUUUUACUAUAUCAGACUGUUGGUCCAUCCAAGCCUGUAUUGUCUAUUCUGAAUAGCCAGGAUUAUCCAGGGUCUCAGGCAGAGAAACGUCUUUUGACAACACCUGCAGUCCUUUACCUGGAGACUGAACAAGGGGCCACCUGUGUGCUCUGCCACUGACCUAUGACCCAUCCCUACUGACAUGAAUAUAUACGGUUGCCUUAUACCACAUCAGGCAACCGGUCCAUCUACCUCUAUAUCAUCUUACAUUAAUUAGCAAGUGACUCUCCAGUGUCUCAGGCAGAGAAAGACCUCUGCUGCCUGAUCCUUGUAACUGGAAAUGCCAGGAAUUUAAUCUGGGAACUGUCUGCAUGUGAAGCAGACAUCUUCCCACUAAGAUGUAAUUCCUGCUGCCCUCACUUCCCACUGAGUUAUAAUUCCUGCUAUUGUUUUGAGACUUUUCUGUGUUGGAAAUCUUUCAAAAAUGAGCUGCUCCAUGGAGAUGUCUGGAACGAUACAGUCAUUUUUCGUCACCUCAAGAUUCUACCUCCUCAUCUGGCUUCUUGUAUAGACCCUCCACCCCAUAGUCUUUCGCAACCUCAAAGAGAAGUUUAUUGAUCUCCCGAUGGGCCCCACCAUACAUCGUUGCUGUUCCCUGGGCAGUUCGUUGGUUCAGAAGUCAUGCAUCUUGGGGAUGAAGGAUUCAGAGUUCGGUGUUGGCAUAUGCAAGAGCUCGCCCAAGAGAGAGACCUUAAAAUGAUCAUACACGAUCCAGCGACAACUGAGUAUUUCCAAACUGAUCAACUCAAGGCUGUGAUGAAAAGACAGAAGGAGAGAGAGAAUAGAAAAAUCCUGUAUGAGCCAUCUGGGAGUUUGCAGCCUCAGAAAGAGGCCUUUUGUGUCAUUUUGUGUAUAUUAGGGAGAAAAAAACCAUUUAAAUAUUCUUAGUUUUACCUCAGUAAGGAAAAGUAGUUGCCAUUAUCUGUGUCCGUAAACUUAUGAAUCUCAUUUGCUGUGGACAACUGCAGGUCUGAACAUGGCAACCUUUUCAAAAAUUAGGACCACCUCAAAUGUUGCAGAUGAGUGCCUCAGAACCCGUCGGAUCUAGUUCAGCAUCCUGUUUCGCACCAUGGUCAACCAAGUGCCCUGGAUGGCCAACAAACAGGGCACAGAGGCCAAGGCUGCUCCUGAACGAGUGUUGAGAGCCCACAGAACUGGAUGUGAAGCAGAAAAGGGGGGGCAGCCUGUGUCUGAGCAUGUUCUUUGCAUGCUGAAUGGCCCAGGUUCAACCCCUGGCGUCUGCAGCUAAAAGGAUCCAGAGUAACAGGUGCUGGGAAAGCCCUUGAUCUGCUUGAGGUGCUGGGGAGCUGCUGCCAGUCAGGCUAGACGUGCUGAGAUAGCCUGAUCCUGUUGAGUCAGCACAAAGCUGCUUCAUGGGGUUUGCAUGAUGGAAAAAGCUCCAGUCCUCCCGUUGUAACAGUCCUCACAUGGAAAACAGGCAGUAUUACGCAAACUAUGCCAAGAGCAAAAAGGAUUUCUGGUUUCAUCCAAGGCAAGGUUCACUCUUUUUCUGAAAGCAUCUAAGUGAUUCAGAUUCAAAAAUUGUUGAAAUCAGUCAAAAAGGGUCUUUCCCCACGUUUUUUCUUCUUCUCUUCCCCUCUUGUUUUUGUUUUUGUUUUCUCAUCCAGCCUGAAGAAGAGUUCUGGGGAACUUAAAAGCUUCAUAAUUAAUUUGUGCCAUUUGGAGGAAUUUGCUAUGACAAGAUUCUUUCCCACUAAAAGCAAAUGAAAAGCUUAUAUUCCAAGAUACACCUAAUUAUCUUCCUAAUGUUCCUGUAAAUGCAUUCAGAGCUGCAAUUCUACACACGUUUACUGGAACUUGAGGAUGUUAAUUCAGGUAAUUUGCUCCUGGGAAAGCAUGCGUAGGUUUUGGCUGCUCAAGUAUUUCUUGAUCACUGUAUGAUAAGUCCUAUUCUAUAGUUAACCUUAUUUUUAAGUUUGGAUAUCUAUUUUCUGAGCAAUUUUAUUAUCCUGUAUUCUCAUGUGUCUGAGUACAAGUCGUGCCAUGUAGAGUCUGCCUCUGUUCCCUGCUUGUAAAAAGUGGUUAUAAUGGUGGCCUACCUCACAGGGUUGUUGUGAUGUCAAACAAAUAAAGACUACAUAUAUAGA